UAAUAAAGUCUGCUCUAAUUAAUCUCAGUUAAACAAAACUCGAGCUUGUUCUUCUGGGAAGAAGGAGGAGGAAAAUAGAGAAGGCUUCUCCUCUGAUUCAAUUUUUCUCGGCAAAAUGAGCUUCAACGAUGAUGAGCCGAUUGUUGCAAUCCAAGAUGGCUCAGAGGAAAAACCGACGGUCUUUGUAGCAGGCAAAACAAAGUUGUCAAUCAUCAACCAGACAGAGGCACCACUAGAAGAAACCAAAUUCAAGGUGAUGUUGGAGCUGGUUGGGGCAGGACUCGGCGGAAGUAACAGAUCCGGAGUUGAUCUAGUAACCAUUUUAGAUGUGAGUGGGAGCAUGAAGGAUGACAAGUUAAAAAAAAUGAAGAUAGCCAUGCAAUUCAUCGUCAAGAAACUCAGCCCAAUUGAUCGUUUGUCCAUUGUCACAUUCGAGGCUACUUCCAAGAGGUUAUGCCCAUUGCGGCAGAUGAAAGAAGAAACUCAGCCUCAGAUGGAGAACAUAGUCGAUGCUUUGGUAGCCAGCGGUGGCACCAACAUCACUGAUGGCCUUCAAACUGGGUUGAGAGUCAUCAGUGACCGCACUCUCACUACUGGUCGUGUGGCUGGUAUCAUACUUAUGUCUGAUGGUGAACAAAAUGUUGGUGGUGAUGCUGCGCAAGUUAAGAUCGGCAAUGUGCCCGUGUACACAUUUGGUUUUGGCGCAAACCAUGAGCCAAAGGUGCUCAAGGCCAUUGCAGAGAACAGUACAGGAGGAACAUUCUCAGAUGUUCAAAACCAAGACAACUUGAGCAUUGCAUUUUCACAGUGUUUGGCUGGGCUUCUCACUGUGGUUGCCCAAGACCUAAAGCUAACUGUCGCAAAAUCUGAAGAAAAUGAAUCGACCAUUGAGAAGGUCCAUGCCGGAAACUACCCACAAACCAAGGACGAUGAAGAUGGCUCUGUAACUGUUUUGUUUGGUGAUCUCUAUGACAAAGAGUUGCGUAGGGUUAUAGUGGACCUUGUUCUUCCAACUGUUGAUAAGAGAAAGGGUGCAGAUAUUCUAAAAAUUGAUUACAAUUACAAAACUGGAGGGAGACCUUUUGUUGCCAAUCCUAUAGUGGUUACCAUAACUCGCUCAGGAACAUCGGCGGCGGCGGAGAAGGAGGAGGUGACGAUGGAAGAGAACCGUCUUCGAACUGCAAAGAUGAUAAAAGAAGCAAGAUUCAUGGCUGACGAGAACAAGUUGGAUGAGGCUAAAGACAAGCUUGUCGAUGCCCAAAACAUGCUCGAUGAUGUUGAAGUUGAUGAGACAAGCCCUAAUAGUUCAUUGAUUGAGAUGUUGAGAUCUGAGUUACAACAGCUGCUGAGGUUGAUGAAAUCUCAACAGAUGUAUGAACAGCAAGGGCGUCCUUUUGCGCUCUCUUCCGAGACAUCUCAUGAUCGCCAACGUUUCGCCUCGAGGGGAGAUGUUGAGAAGAUGCGUUUGUUUGCUACACCACGUAUGGACGCAUACCUCGAGCAAGCCAAGACAUUUGUCGAGGACCCCUCCAAGCCAUUGCCCACUGUGGACGAUGAUGUCAAGCAAGAAAUCGCAGCUAAUCCCCUUGCUCCCAUCAUUGGAGCUCUUAGCUACUAUAUUCAGUCUGCCAUUCAGUCCCUUCAAGCUAUUGAUAACAUAAUCAACACAAGUCGUUAA